GGGCGGGGUUAAUUUCAGAAGCGACGGAUUGAACUCACUUUUUGCCAAUGAAUGGCCAAAUAGUGGGCUGGACUAGUUGGAGGCGAGAGGGAAGAGGCGGGGUUUAAAAAAAAAAACUCGCCGCGGUUGCCUGCCGCGGGGCCUGGUGGGAGGCAUCCUUGCCGGGCGGCCGGUUUGCGUUUCCUGUUUCCGGUUCCCAGAGCGGGGCAGUGUGAGGUUCUACUGGAAACCCUGGCCGCUGGGACGGAAACCACCGCUGGGACCCUGGACUGCCCCUUCUUCGGGCCCAGUCUCCAAACGAUAUUCACUGGGAAUUCCAAAGGAGGGGUGCUCUAAUUAAUAUUCAUGAGGGCUCAUUAAUAAUUCAGGACGAUCGGCGUUUCGCCCCUCCUCCCCAGUGGCACGAUGUUUCCCUUUUACAGCUGCUGGAGGGCUGGGCUGCUAUUUCUGCUACUCCUGGCUGUGGCAGUGAAGGAGGCCUGGCAGGUGGAAGAGAAAGGCUGUGACUUGAUAGGAGAAAAGGACAAAGAGUCAGAGAAGGAGCUGGCCUUACUGAAAAAAUUGACUCCACUUUUUGGCCAAAGCUUUGAGAGUACUGUGGGCCAUGAUUCAGAAUCCUAUACCUACAAAUUUAGAGUGUGCCGAGAAGUUGGCAACAACUCUGGGGCUGGACUUGUGCAGGUCAACUUGAAGACUAAAAAGGAGACAAUAGUAGGGAGGAUUAAUGAAACCCAUGUCUUCAAUGGCAGUGACUGGAUCAUGCUAACCUAUAAAGGGGGUGAUGAAUAUGACAACCAUUGUGGCAAGGAACAGCGACGGGCAGUAGUGAUGAUCUCCUGUAACAAACACACCAUCGGGGGCAACUUUGCACCAGUCUCUGAAGAAAGGGGCAAAAUACAAGAAUGCUUUUACCUCUUUGAGAUGGACAGCAGUCUGGCUUGCCCACCUGAAGAUUCCCAUUCCCAUCUCAGUGUGGGCUCCAUCCUACUUAUCACGUUUGCCUCACUGGUGGCUGUCUAUUUCAUUGGGGGCUUCUUAUACCAAAGGUUGGUGGUAGGCGCCAAAGGCAUGGAGCAGUUCCCUCAUCUAGCCUUCUGGCAGGAUCUGGGCAAUUUGGUAGCUGAUGGCUGUGAUUUUGUGUGCCGCUCUAAGCCCCGAAAUGUGCCUGCUGCCUACCGGGGUGUGGGAGAUGACCAGCUCGGGGAAGAAUCGGAAGAGAGGGAUGACCACUUGCUACCCAUGUGAAUGCACUGGAGACACCCAGUCUUUCUUUUUCUCCACCCUCCCCCCCCCCCGAACCAAAGCAUCCUCAGCCAGAUUUCUCCCGCCACUGCUGCUGCUGCUCCAUCUCUUCUACCAGUUUUUUCCUCUAAUUUGCUUUUAACUUGCACUCACUCUUUCUACCCACUAAGCUGCCUUCUCUCUGCUCUGUGUUUUCCCUUUGGAGUCUAUUAGUGGCACUGACCCAGAAGAAUGUGCCUAGAAGGGACCCUCCUUACAGGCUGAAGGGAACUGAGGGUCUGAGAGGGAGGGGGACUACCCUUACAGAAAAGGGAUGGCUAGGGAGGUGUACAGAUGGCUGGGAGUGGGCAAGAGACUUUCCCAGCCUUUUUAUUGCAUUUUCAAUGUUAGGCUCUUCUGAGACACUGGAUUCUAAAGAAAAAAAAUUAUUUAUAUAGGGUUUUGGUUGCUGUCAUGCUAUUACCCUAUGUCUGCAAGAGUCUGGUUGGAAUUCCCUGCUGCUUGGGACAGCUUUAUGAUUAUCACUUCUGAAUUUAGUCUGGACCUGAGGCAGCCCCCAAUCUCUCUUGGCCCCCUCUGGGAUCAGAACUAUAAAAUGUGAAUUUUCCCAGGCCACAGGUUUGUGAGGUACCACCAGGUCAUCGGUUGACUCUGCCUUGAAAUAUUAUGUGAUUUGUGAUCAUGUGUAUCACUUCACAUUCAGCCAAAAAGCCCAAGCCAGAAACUAGAAGGGGGAAAUGAGACUGAAGUAUUGCGCCACAUUGGCUCCUGGAAAGGAAAAUUAGCUAUGCCUGGGGUGAGCUUAUUGGUGUAGAGAAAAUUUUUUUCUCUGAUUAAAGAACCUGGUGAAGCUUUUCCUAUUUUUCAAGAUAUAUUCCCACCUUUUUACGAAUAUGGCCUAUCUCCCCAGGGAUAUGAUUUUUCUUUUACAAAAAUUGCCAAAAAUGCAAAUAAUAGUGGAUGGGGAGCCUAGAGCCCUGCUUCCAAGUAUAGAGAAUGCUACUAAUAUUCCCUCUGCUGGCUCAGGGAGGAAAGUGUGUGCUGCCCAGGAGAUGUUUUGGGGUAAAUAAGGGUUUUCAAAAUUCCUUCUGGUGCCUCCCUUUUCUAAUUAGGUGGUAUGGCCAGGAAAUUGGGCUGAUCUUUCUUAGGCUAUUUAAUAAGGUUCUUCUGGCCAGUUGGGGGCAAAAUAGCUACAAACAGACAGAAAUUUUCUCUUUGGCUUUUUCAUUACUGUUGGAACAUUUUAUUUCCUUUGAAUAUAGGGAAAUUAAGGUUAUAAAAUCAGCAGGUUUUUUUGUGUGUGUGUGUGUGUGUAUUUUGUUUUCCUUCUUCCUUAACCUGGUGUUUUAAAAUGAGGCAAAGUCUAUGCCACUUUUUGUAUAAAAACACAACUUCAGAAAAUUAAAAGGACCAAAAAAAAUCCUAA